AUGGUUGGACACGAGGUUGAUACUAUAUUGAGCACCUUGCGCAUAGAGGCUGAUCCUGAGCUCAGCUAUCUAUUUGACAAGUUUGAACAUGACUAUGAGAACAAGUUAUGGCAUCAAUUGACUCAAAACUUGAACGUUUUUUUCAUGGAUGAGAGGUCCAAGCCAUUAAGACUGCGUAUUUAUGACACCUUUAUCGUCAAAUUCCAGGAGAAUAUAAACGAAUUGUCUCUGGUGCAGUAUCUUUUGGUCGCAUUACAGACCAUAAGUGACAGCGAUGAAGCAUUGAAGUAUUUGACCCAUCUAAAGCAGACUUUGGAGGAUAUAGACUCUAAGAAGACCAGAAACGAUGGUCUAAAUAAUCACGAUAAUGCAUUUUUAUUCAUUGAUAUUGAGAUUGCAAGACUGUACUUGCAUAAGAAGGAACUUUUGAAGGCCAGAGAUAUGCUAGAUGUUCUAGAGAAAACACUUGAUUUUAAGGAUAACGUUCCAUUAUUGCUGACCAGCUCAUUUUAUUCUGCUAAUGCGGAAUACUAUAAAUUGAAAGAGGAUUUUAGUUCAUUCUAUUACACAUCUCUCCUAUAUCUAUCAACUCUGGAGGAUGACAAUGAAUUAACUAUCAUCAAUAAAGAGCCAAGCUUUGAACUAGCGUAUGACCUUUGCGUUGCUGCUCUUUUGGGGGAAAAGAUUUACAACUUCGGUGAAUUAUUACAACACCCAAUUAUGAACCUAAUCAAUGAAAGAAAGGAUUACCAUUGGAUUGCAGAUCUACUCAAUGCUCUAACAGUGGGUGACUUAGAAAAGUUUGAUAAACUAAUCAGUGUGCAGAUGCCAAAAACACUUAUUUUAGCUCAAAACGAGACAUUUUUGAGACAAAAGAUACGCUUGAUGAGCUUGGUUGAAUGCAUUUUUGCAAAGAAUAUCAGGCUUCUAUCAUUCCAAGAUGUUGCAGAUGCCACACAAAUUGAAAAAGAUCAAGUAGAACACCUUGUCAUUAAAGCGAUAAGUUUGAAACUUCUGAAGGGUUCCAUUGAUCAGGUGAAUGAACUAGUUACUGUAACGUGGGUACAACCAAGAAUAAUCAACGAAGAACAAAUAUUGAAGAUGAAGAAUAGAUUAGUGGAUUGGGAUGAACAAGUUCGAGCUUUAGCAGUAAGACUAGAGGAAAGAGGCAAGCCAAUCUGGGUUUAG